UGGAAUUAUUUGACAUCGCCGGCAAGGUCAUUGACUUAUGCCUUGUUGAUGAGGAAAAAAACGAUGCGAUCAAAAAGUUACGUCUGACCAUUGAAAGCUUAUCAUAAAAACAUUCGUUUACUAGAAGAGUCUAAGAUCAGUGAAAAAUUGAAGGAUGAAAUAAAACAGGACUUGUUAGAAGCUGAGAGGCUCAUUCAGGUCAUGAGAAACAACAAAUCCAUGUUUAAGUUCCUCGACGGGAUUUAAAAAUUUAUUGCCCAAGUCUAAUCUUGAGCAAAUUAAAGAGAUCAAUGAGUCCCUCCAGGACAAAAUUCAGCUUGUCCUGUUUGAAUUUCAGAUACAGAAUGAAAUUGGAGGUAAAAGGCGUCGAAAAUGGGAUAGCUCGCCUAAUUGGGACAAGACUUCUGUUAAAUAAGAAGUAUGUUCCAGUUAUAGGAAGUUCUAUUUUCUUAGACCCAACUUUACAAAGGAAUGAUGAUCUCUUCGCCAAGUCUACCUACAACACUGUUGAUAAUCUGAAGCCGCAGCUUCUGUACACUCUAGAAUUCUUGAAAUAAUGAAUCAAAUGUGAAAUAUUUGGAUGAAAACAAGAAAUAUAAAGAAAUUCUGAACAAGAAAGUUAACAAGGAACCUGUCAAAGAGAUCAGUAUUGGUCGUAUAGACUUCAAGGAUAUUUUCCCGAAGGAUAUUCUGAUACGGAUAUCGAAAGUUCAGUUCAAAAUUCAAUUUAAGAAGAUUGAAGAACCGAAGAAGGAAAAAGAUGAGAAACAAGUAAGGAAAGAUUCUGAAAAUUCAGAUGAUGAUUUGGAUGAUGUCUUGCAGAAAAUCGAAACAAUGAGCUUGGAAAAAGGAGAGGAGGCUAAAUUAGAUCCUAAGAAGACUUCCUCAGAUCUUCCAAGAAUUUCUAUCAACAAAACUUCUGAAAAAGGGAGUCCCCAGAAGGAAAGGAAGAUAUCCCAAAAGUCGCAGGAAGAUUCUGAAGAUGAGAUAUUUCUCACUGCGGUUAAUUGCACAACUGAGCUUAGAAAGCGUCAGGAGAAUAGUUAUGUGUUCACUAUACUUGACCAAAGCAGUAAUGGGACUUACAUCAACGGAAAUCUUAUUGGUAAAGGUAACUCCAAGGAACUUGUUGAUGGGGAUAAGAUUAGAUUCGCUGACACAGAUGAUUCAGACAAGAAAUACUGCUGCUAUAAGUUCAAAGUUGUUUAA